GCAGCAUGCGCGUCCGCCGGGGGCUGCUGCGGUUGCCGCGCCGCUCGCUGCUGGCCGCGCUCUUCUUCUUCUCGCUCUCGUCGUCGCUGCUCUACUUCGUCUAUGUGGCGCCCGGCAUAGUGAACACCUACCUCUUCAUGAUGCAGGCCCAGGGCAUCCUGAUCCGGGACAACAUGCGGACCAUCGGCGCGCAGGUGUACGAGCAGGUGGUGCGCAGCGCGUAUGCCCGGAGGAACAGCAGCGGCAACGACUCAGAUUACCCUCUUGACUUGAACCACAGUGAAACCUUCCUGCAGACCACAACCUUUCUCCCUGAAGACUUCACGUACUUCGCAAACCACACCUGCCCGGAAAGGCUCCCUUCCAUGAAGGGCCCCAUAGAUAUAAACAUGAGCGAAAUCGGAAUGGAUGACAUUCACGAGCUCUUCUCCAAAGACCCAGCCAUCAAGCUCGGCGGCCACUGGAAGCCUUCUGACUGCAUGCCUCGCUGGAAGGUGGCCAUCCUCGUCCCCUUCCGGAACCGCCACGAGCACCUGCCCGUCCUGCUCCGACACCUGAUCCCCAUGCUCCAGCGCCAGCGCCUGCGGUUUGCGUUCUACGUGGUGGAGCAAGUCGGCACCCAGCCCUUUAACCGAGCCAUGCUUUUCAAUGUCGGCUUUCAAGAAGCCAUGAAAGACUUGGACUGGGACUGUCUGAUUUUCCAUGAUGUGGAUCAUAUACCAGAAAGUGAUCGCAACUACUACGGCUGUGGGCAGAUGCCACGGCACUUUGCAACAAAAUUGGAUAAGUAUAUGUAUCUGCUUCCUUAUGCUGAGUUCUUUGGUGGAGUGAGUGGCUUGACAGUGGAACAGUUUCGGAAAAUCAAUGGCUUUCCUAACGCUUUCUGGGGUUGGGGAGGCGAAGAUGACGACCUGUGGAACAGAGUACAGAACGCAGGUUACUCUGUGAGCCGGCCGGAGGGCGACACGGGGAAGUACAAGUCCAUCCCUCAUCACCACCGCGGAGAGGUCCAGUUUCUUGGCAGGUACGCUCUGCUGAGGAAGUCCAAGGAGCGGCAGGUGGUGGACGGCCUCAACAACUUGAACUACUUUGCAAACGUCACAUACGACGCCUUGUAUAAAAACAUCACUGUCAACUUGACACCCGAGCUGGCUCAGGUGACCGAGUACUGAGGUGGGGUGUGGCCGCUGUGCCCACCGCCACCAAGGAAGCAGCCCGACGAGGCGUCCCGGGGCUCUCCCCAGAGGGAAACAGAAAUGCAGCAUCUAGCGAGGCUCACAGGGUCCGGGAACGUGACUCGCACACGCGGGGCGCGCCCUCCGGCCGGCCAGCAGCGAACGGGGCGUCCGCCGGAGCCAGCCUUCCACUCCGAGACAGCGCGGUCUGGCUCUUCUCCCGCCGUCUCCCGCCCCAGCGCCCUCCCAGCCGCCGUCUCCAGGCCGGCCGUGGUCCUGCUGCAGAGCCUGGUCAGCCGACGCCGCGGGGGCUUCUCGCCUUCGGCGCAGAGGCAGACCCGCCACAGGGCAGCUGCGUUUCAGGAAAAGCAGAUGAAACUCCACACACCAUUCGUCUACAUCUUGGUGUUCUCUUUGGUUUCAUUAAAAAAAAAAUUACCUGCUUCGGGUGGGGUUGGAGGGUGGAGGGGGAAGGGCAGGGGAAGAUAAAUAGACCUAUAACAAUCACUUCUUGAAGAAGUAUAAUUGUAAAUAAGCCAUGUAAAAUGCCUUUUUUAAAUUUAAUUUUAUAGCUGGCUCCAAUUCAAACUGAGGAUUUAUACGUUAGAUCACUUAUGUUUGGUUGGCAAAUUCAGGAACUCAGUUUAAACACACCAGAAGAACAUCAUCUCCGAAACUGCUGUCACUUUGGACGGGCGGGCGCCUCUCGGGCCAGAGGGUGGCCGGUGCAGCCGCAUGCUGCCGCCUUCUCGCCCGCUGCCCUCCCCUUUCCCCAAGUGGUGCCUCCUCCGCCCCGCCCUCCCUGCUGGGCCCUCGGCCUUUUGCUGAGAGGAGGCUGCUGUUUUCCCCGUCUCCCUCCUGCUUGAAGCAGACUCCCCAGGGGCCCACUGCACACACCCCUGGGUCCUUGGCCUUGGGUUUCUGUCCUGUCAUCUUUGUAAAGACAGAGGUUACCGGUUUCUUUCUCUUUCUCCUUUUCCCCUUGUGGAACUUGCCGCACUCUCUAAAACCUGUGCCUGAAUUACCAAGUAGCUUCGUGAUUCCUCCAAGCGUUUCCCUCAGUGGUUUCUGGAUUCUUUGUCGGCAUCACCAGUUGUGCAUAGAAAUAGCCAGCAAUUUUGAACCCUGAAGAGCCAAGCUCUGGAGGGUUGGGCGGGAGGGCGGAGGCUGCAGCCGGAGCCUCUGCUCCACUGUGCUUUUUGAGGUCAGAAGAUUCUAAACUGCAUUUGGGUUUGUGCCUGUUUUACCUUGAGCCAGUUCCCUUCACGCAUCGUCCCUGGCUUCCGCAGAAUUCUGGGGGGAGCAGGGAAAUGCCGGUUUUUCCCUCCUCCAUAAAACAUAUUUAUAUAUUGUGAUUAGGAGGACUUUUGAAGAGUACUUCAUAUUUUUUUUAAUUGCCUUGUUUGCCUUCAACUUUCUUAAUUUCAUGGUUUACAUGGAUGCGUGUGCAGGGGGUAUUUGUGUAUAUGUGUGUGGGUUGGGGUUUUUUCCGUUGCAUGUGUUGGUUCCGUGGACAUAUGAUCCCCACAAGCUGUGGGAGUGAUUGGCCAGGCCCUAUUUUUUGUCUCGUUUUUGUUCUUUUGAAGAAUAGUGUGAUAGUUAGAAAAUCAGUUACCUUGCAAAGCUCUUAUCAGCUCAUAUGAGAGAGCAGGCUCCUGCCCUUGAAAACGCUGGUAAGUUGUAUCAUAUGUUUUUAAAAAAUCUUGAGCAUUUCAUGCUUUAACAGACCUUCAUGGGGAACAUCACACACUCGAGCUCAUUGUUUCCUUUGAUGUACGGUGCGCAGAGCAAUAACCCUCUCCCCCCAGCCGACCCCUCUCAUUCUCCUCUCGUCACUGAAGGCCAAGAGCUGCUUUCCGAGUGACGGGACUCUGUCAUUUGGGAGAAUUUGCAGAGCGAUUCCUGGUUACGGGUGAUAGGACAUCGCUGCUGCCUGGUCUCGUUUGAAGCUUUCGUUAUUAACACUUACCACUAAGGACAAAAUGUCGGCAAAAGGCUGCCAGUGGUUCUAAAGAGGAAAUGCUGAUCUGAGCACAGAUCAGCUUGAAGAAGUAGAGUCCCUUAAAUUAUCUUGCAAUCAUGUGUAAGUUUGUCAUUAGCACAAAAGCGAGUAAUGUGCACUGUUUGUUACCCGCCGAGCUGGGUCUCGUAUGAGAAAUAGCAACGUUAAAAAUACAACUGGGCCCUUGUGCUAUUAACAGCGUAAAAUCCUCCUGGUAAAGGGGGUGGAAGGAAUAAUAAGAACCAAAUGUGAUCUAGUGCGUUUUUUGGCAGCUGAAAUUCUUUCAGGCUGCUGCUGGGUGACCCUCACGUCAGUCAGUCUUGUCUUUGGUUGCUGCGCACAGGAAGAGUUUCCCCUUUCACGCUGUUUCUUGGGGGAGGGAGUUAUGUGCAAAAACACUCAUUUGGCAUUACAGGGACGCUUCUGUUAGAGUUCUUCUACACAGACACGAAUAGCUGAGCGACAGCCACAUGCUCUCACUGAUGAUGGCGUUGAACGUAGCUAGCUUACUUCCAUCACUACGUUUUUUGAGUUUUUUUUUUUUUUUUGAGCUUGCUAUUAUGUUUUAAGAGGUGCCAGGGAUACAUUUUUGCACUGAAAUCUAAAGAUGUUUUAAAACUUUUCACAGAAAUAGUCCUUUGUCAUUACAUUAUUUACUCUCAUGUGUUUGUACAUUUUUGUAUGUUAAUUUAUGAAUGAUUUUUUCAGUAAAAAAUACAUAUUCAAGAACCAAACCUUGGUGGUCGU